AUGACACCUUCUAUUUCCAGUCCUCAACAUGAAUCAAUCUCUGCUUCACAGGUCAGAAGAAGCCCCAAAGGCGGGUUAACUUUCCGGAUACGAGGUGUACCUCUAAGCUGGGCUAAAGAACAAUUGCAAGUCUACCUGGAGCAACAAGAGCCAGAUUCGCAACCACUUGUCAAAUCUCUUGCGUGUGAAAUAGAUGGCUACUCCAAAACCGCUACCGUAAUUUUCCAGAGCCCAUUGCCUCCGGAGAAAACCAGCAAGCCUUGGAAUAUCUCACUGUCGGAACCGGACAAUGACGACGACUUUUCUGUCUCAGCCCUACCCUUGAGGGUAGAUGGGGCCUUUCUCGGCAUUACCACUCUGUUUACGCCUCCGGUAGGAGAUCAUGGUGUUGAUAUCGUUGCUGUCUCUGGCCUUGGUGGACAUGCUUAUGGGUCCUUCAAGGACAAAAAUGGAAACUACAUGUGGCUGCAAGAUGCCCUACCAUAUGAUAUCACUAAUGACGAUAGCCAUCAUCCAAUGGCACGUGUUAUGAUAUACGGCCAUAAUUCGGCUGUUCCAGGAAGUAACAGUGUGCAAGAUAUCGACGACCUAUCAUCCGCACUACACUCAGGCCUCUUGACUCUGAUUCAAGCUCAACAGCCAAAGCCAAUUAUUCUCAUGGGCCAUAGCUUGGGUGGCUUGAUCAUCAAGAAGACAUUGAUCAAUCUGUCCAAGUCCCCCAGUCAGGACGACCAGAACCUCUUCCGAGCGAUUUAUGGGAUCGUAUUUUUCGGUGUUCCACAUGGCGGUAUGGACGUUGCAUCUCUUAUACCCAUGGUCGGCGAUGGGCCUAACCGUCUCCUUGUCGAGUCAAUCGGAGCAUCAUCUUCUAUAUUAGAUGAUUUGGAACUGAAUUUUCACCCGUCUUUGGGUGGCCAGGGAGAAAAAGAAGUUACUUGCUUCUACGAGACAGAGCAAUCGCCGACGGCGCAGCAGGAUGAAGAGGGUAGAUGGAGCAUGAGCGGCCCUCCAACCAUCCUUGUUACUGAAUCUUCAGCGGUUCAUUGUCGCUCAUGGGAACAUGACAGUGUUCACAUACGCCCUAUCGCACGAUCCCAUUCCGACAUUGUUAAGUUCGGUCCAGGCGACAGUUACUAUAACGAUGUCCGAGAUAGGCUCUACGGAGUUGUACAGCGAGCUGUUGGGCUAGAAGCAUAA